AUGUACAUAAACGGUGGUGACCUUGAAAUGGAUUGCAAUGGUUCCCCACAAUGCACCCUUGGAGAAGAAGUAACCCUCACAGGAAGUUUACAAUACAGAGGAAUCGAAGAUACUGGAUUGGUAGAUGGAUACGCAUUUGCCUCUGCGAGUAUGAUGUUUGUCGGGGUACUGAUUGAUAUGUUGCAAUACCUUCAAGUUCCGAUUUGCGGUGACUACAUCUCGACAGGCUACGGAGAUGACGAUAGAGGCGAGGAAGUUGAAUGCCCAGAAGAUGGAACAUACAACUUCUUCUUGCAAUAUCCGCUUCCAGAUGAAACUUCUAAGGCAGUUUGGGUAGCAACGGGCUGGGAUGCACAUGCAGAGAUCUCUUUCUACUCGGAAGCCAAUAACCCGGAAUCCCUGAUAGGGGUUUGUGAGCUCACUUUUAUCACGGCCGUAACAGCGGGCCAGGGCUCGUCGCCGCUUGAAAAGAUACCCAUCCCUUCAGCAAUGGUGACAGCGAUGGUGAUUUUGGCAUUCGCAGGUUUUCUUAUCAUUACUUGCUUUUAUCGGAUGAUACGAGAUUGCUGCUGCGGAAAGAAGAAAAAGACGAGUGACAAGUUGAAGGAGUUAGAGGAAGCGACAACCAUAGCAGAGGCAAAGAGCACAACCGAGUUCACAAAAAUGAAAGACUGA